CUGCGCUUCCAUUCAUCGCUCAAUAAACCCUUUCGGUUCUGCCCUAGCUACUUUCCUCAACUUACCACAAUGGCGCUCCCUAGCCCCGCGAUUUUCAGGACCAAAUCCAAAGCCGUGCCCAACAUCAUCGAUUCCGCCGUCUCCGUCGGUGCUUACGGGUGGCCCGACGAAUGUCAAGGACGAAAAAACAACGACGUUCUCAUGAAGCGGCUCACCAACACGAGAACAAGAACGGGAAAGAACAACAACAAGAAGAAGGAGAAGGAUGAGGAGGAGCACUCUGCUCCUCAGCUGAAAAAGAGGAAGAACGGGAAAGAAAUCCCCACAGAAUCAACAGGCAGCCUCGUUCUAGGUCUCGCUAGAGAAGAAACGAGCGAUUUGGUAACGGACGACAGGAGAAGAAGACUCGUGGACAUGGCUAACAGUUACCUGCAAAAGCACUGUUCAGAAGAUGCGUAUAACGGCGGCGAUGGAAGUUCGCCAAAGAGGCAAAGGCUUGGCGACUAAAUUUCUACGUACGAAGUGGUCAGAUUAGAGUUAAACCCUAAAUUUAUCGGUACUUUAAAAUUGCUAAAAAGAGUGUUAUUGUUAAUCUCAAGAGUCGAAGAAGAUGUGGAGACUCACUAUUGCCAUAGUUGUCCAUCCAACUUGUCUUUGCGUUGAUCUAUUCGAAAUUGCACUUCAUUCUUCGAGUUCUUCGUUAAUCUUGUUUGCGGAAUUGGAAACGGCUUUCCUUGAAUCUGUUUCUUUGAUUGGAGCUUCAUCUUCAGAGGAUUAAUGUUCAACUAGUACCAUCAAAUUUUGUACGUAUUGAUUGGAUAUAAGAAGUGCAUCAAACUCACUCAUUCUUAGCUCCAAACUUGGUUGGACACAGAAGCCCCAACCAUACCAUCCCACAGGUCAGUUGUUAUUGGUGAACUUACCCUCCUUUUUUAUUAAUAUUUAAUGUUCUUAAUUAUGCUAAAUAAAUAAAGAAUUAUUUA